ACCGCGGGCAGGCGGGGCCAGAGCCGUCGCCAUGGGCUGCCUGGGGCCCGUCUGCUGGGCGCUGCUGCUAGCCUUGGGGCUCUGCCGCGCACACCGGGCGCGCCCCCGGAACGUGCUGUUGAUCCUCGCGGACGACGCAGGCUUUGAGAGCGGCGUCUACAACAACAGCGCCAUCGCCACCCCGCACCUGGACGCCCUGGCCCGCCGCAGCCUGGUCUUCCGCAAUGCCUUCACCUCCGUCAGCAGCUGCUCUCCCAGCCGCGCCAGCCUCCUCACCGGCCUGCCCCAGCAUCAGAACGGGAUGUACGGCCUGCACCAGGACAUCCACCACUUCAAUGCCUUUGACGGGGUGCGGAGCCUGCCGCUGCUGCUCCGAGGAGCUGCCGUCCGCACAGGCAUCAUCGGGAAGAAGCACGUGGGGCCAGAGGCCGUGUUCCCGUUCGACUUUGCGCACACCGAAGAGAACGACUCUGUUCUCCAGGUGGGGCGGAACAUCACUAGGAUCAAGCUGCUGGUCCGGAAAUUCCUGCAGACUGGGGACGACAGGCCCUUCUUCCUGUACGUGGCCUUCCACGACCCCCAUCGCUGCGGGCACUCCCAGCCGCAGUACGGGGCCUUCUGUGAGAAGUUCGGCAACGGGGAGAGUGGCAUGGGGCGGAUCCCGGACUGGACCCCACAGGUCUACGCCCCUGAGGAUGUGCAGGUGCCUUACUUCGUCCCGGACACCCCUGCAGCCCGGGCCGACCUGGCUGCUCAGUACACCACCAUCGGCCGGAUGGACCAGGGGGUCGGACUGGUGCUCCAAGAGCUGCGGGGAGCCGGCGUCCUGAACAACACGCUGGUGAUCUUCACGUCCGACAACGGGAUCCCCUUCCCCAGCGGCAGGACCAACCUGUACUGGCCAGGCUCUGCAGAGCCCUUGCUGGUGUCUUCCCCGGAACACCCUAAGCGCUGGGGCCAAGUCAGCGAGGCCUACGUGAGCCUCCUAGACCUCACGCCCACCGUCCUGGACUGGUUCUCCAUCCCCUACCCGAGUUACGCCAUCUUUGGCUCGAAGACCGUCCAGCUCACUGGCCAGUCCCUUCUGCCGGCCCUGGAGGCCGAGCCGCCCUGGACCACGGUCUUCGGCAGCCAGAGCCUCCACGAGGUCACCAUGGCCUACCCCAUGCGCUCCGUGCAGCGCGGGGCCCUCCGCCUCGUGCACAACCUCCACUUCAGGAUGCCCUUCCCGAUCGACCAGGACCUCUACGUCUCGCCCACCUUCCAGGACCUGCUCAACCGCAGCCAGGCCGGCCGGCCCACCGGCUGGUACAAGGACCUGCACCACUACUACUACCGGGAGCGCUGGGAGCUCUACGACCGCAUCCGGGACCCCCGUGAGACCCAGAACCUGGCCGCCGAGCCGCGUUACGCCCAGGUGCUGGAACUGCUCCGCAGCCAGCUGGCCAAGUGGCAGUGGGAGACGCACGACCCCUGGGUGUGCGCCCCAGACGGGGUGCUGGAGGAGAAGCUCUCCCCGCAGUGCCGGCCGCUGCACAACGGGCUGUGAGGCGGGGCCCGCGCCCUCCUUCCCCAGACCCGGUCCUCACGCCCCCUCCAGGCCUGAGAGCAGCCAGCCUCGGGCGCCGGGACCACGGGCUGCCCCAUCUGAGGGCCCCUGGCUGCAGCCCCCCAUCUGCGGUGAGGGACAUUGCCGUCCUUGUGUCUGGGCCGUGUGCCAGCACGGGAGUUCCAGGAGGACCUAGGCCGGGGGUUCCCCAACCCAGACAGGUGAGGGUGGUCCAGGCACAGGGUCUUGUUCUCUGGGUGGGGACCCAGGACUUGAGACCCUCCCCAUUCUCUGGGAACCACAGCUCUCCCUGUGCUGCAUGGGCACCGGGUGGGUCCACUCUACACGGGAACGCAGCAUCUGGACUUGCUCGACCUCUGGUCUCGAAAUCUGGGAACGGCCCUUGGUCAGGCUCCCAGCCCUUGGGCCGGACCCCACCUGGCCAGCCAUUCCUGACAGGCUCCUGACCGAGGGCUUUGAUCCUUUGAUCCUGUGGUCGUCUGUCCUUUUAAAUGUCCAAAGACACUCCCGUCCUUGAGCUGGUUCCUUCUGUGUGGGGAGCCGCGGUCUGGCUCAGACUGGGGUCUCCAGACCUGCUCUGCCACCGCCCACCAAGGGGCAGAGCUCUGCCCGGGGAAUCCCUUCUCCCUCUCGGGAGCCCUUGUGGCCCUUCCCACCCCAUCAGCUGCCCCCCUGGGGGCGUGGAAAGAGAGCGACAGCCACGAUACUGUAAAAGCUCAUUUUGUAAAAUACACCGAAGUCCAUUCCUGA